AUGGAGUCGCGACUCUCUGCGCGCCUCUCCGCGUUGGUCGCAGCCUCGAGCGCGACCGAACAGCGGCGCCAUCUGCAGGAGUUCGUGGAGUUCUUUGCGUUUGACUCGUCUUUUUCUUCUCUCGACCGAGACUGCCCGGGUCUCUGGGGCCGUCUCGCGCUUUCUCUCCUCUCCGCGGCGCGCCAGCAGCUCGCGCGGGCCUUUCCUCCUUCUCCGUCGGCGGCGAGAGGCCGAAAGAAACCGGUGGCGCUGGUCCCCAAUGACGCAGUGGCGAUUCAGAAGCUGUUCCACGCCGUGGAGACCCGCGCGGCCUCGUCUCCUGCCUCACCCUCAUCGUCGCCAGAGGCCGCUUUCCCGCGGGGCUCUGCGGACAGAGAAGCGGCGCAUCUGCGGAGCGCUCACAGCCGCCUGGGCUCUGAGCAGAGCGGCCUCGAGGGCGGCAGACUGGACGCGCAGGAGGAGGAGGACGACUUCUUCUCUUCGCCUUCUCGCUCGUCUGCGGUCGUGCCUGUCGCCACCGACGAGACGCGCGAUGGGGGCAGGCCGAGCACGUGCGGCGACAGGCUCUCACGAGUCGCUUCAGAUGUCGUUAAGAACCUUUUGUCGCUGCUUCUCGAAUGCGCGAAGAAACGCAGGGAGGCGAGCCAACACGGGCGGGACGUCGCGCGCACGCUCUCGCUUCGUCUGCGCCUCCUGCAGCGCGCAUGUUCAGACCGCAGUCGGCGCGGAAAAAGAGAGAGGCCGUGGAGAGAGGCGGACAGUGAAGACGACAGUGACGAUCGCAGCCACGCAGCUCCGCAGCUGUGGAGGGCGCGCGACCCGAGCGACGAUGGAGUUGCAGAGGAGUGGAGGGAGGCCGACGAGAAAUGGGAGGGCUGUUUCCUGUCGAUCUUGCAGCAACUUUUGAGAAACGAAAACUACCUCAAAGAGCUCCCUUUCCCACUGGUCAAAGGCCUGCUUGCGCGUCUCCUCUCGCUCUCGUUUUCUUCGCCACACAAGUGCCUCAGCAUCGCGCUCUCACUCUUGUCCUCGCCGUCGAUUUCGGUCGCUGUCGGAUCUCUUGGGCGCACGUCUCUGGUUUCGCUUUUGCGUCUGCUUGAAGGUCUGCUCCAUCCCGCGCUUCUUCUUCCCGGUUCGUCCGCGUCCUCGGAGUUUGCCUUGCCGCCUUUCACUGCAGAGGACGCACGCGUGGCCUCUGCAGCGCUCGCCUGUCUUCUGCAGCUGAUCUUGCAGCUGCCCUUUCUGUUCCGCGAGCAGUUGUUUCUCCUCAGUACUCGCGCGCAACGAUCUGGCACGUUUCCGCCUUCUUCCUCAUCGUGGCGCUCCAAUGACGCACCCGUGUCCGAGGGUCAGGACCGCCGCUGCGAGCAGGAGGCCUGCGUGCGUCGCAUCGGACCAGGGGAAAGUAUGCACUUCUCGAGUGUCAAGCGAGAACGAACCGGCGUCGGUGUCGACUCCGCGGCUCCCUCCCAGGCAGCCAGAAACGUCUCCUUCAUUCGGCUGGGGUCAGCUGAAACCAUCUCUCGGGCGUCUGCCAGAACGGCUGCAUACGCGAAGGGCGAAGUAGGGGCUAAUGCCGGCGUGACCGCAGAGCGCGAUGGCGAGAAGGCGCUGACAGGCGCUACGAAUACCACUCGAGGGGGUGCGCGCCGGGAUUCAGAAUCAGACGAGUGGGGGGACGACGAGACAGCACACGGCGACGAGCCGGAGGAGCCACUGGUCAUGCGAGUGCUUCUAGCGCUCCUUCAGGACGACGUUUGGAGCGCGCUCGACGAGACAGCGAAGUGGAAUGCCGUUUCCUUGGCAAGGUGGACGUUGCUUCUUGCGAGAGGCUCUGCCGCGCGGACUGUCCUCCCUUCGCUCGUCGGUCGAUCAGGCUGCAUGCGCCGCUUGUUUGCGGCUCUGCUCCGCUUGCUGCCGCCCUACUUUUGUGCACUGCGCGCGCUCACCGCCGAUGACGCGCACGGGUUCGACUCCGCGGCGCAGCCAAUCUCAGUGGAGGAAAUUUGCCACACCGCUGCGGGCUUCGAUCUCCUACGAACUGUCGAGACCUUCCCAGGAAGCGACGAGGAGUUGACAGUUCCGCGACAGGGAGCCAAGGGUAGUUUGUGGUUGAUGCGCGUCGUUGUCCUUGACGUCCUUCGGCAAACCAUCUGGGAAGCUGCGCAUCAUCACGCGGCGCUUCUCGGCUACCGGCUGCCGGAAGCCUGCGCAGCCUCGCGGUUCACUGCCCCUGAGUCUGUGGAGCCAGCCUAUUCGCGGACGCCUUCACUGCUUCUUCUUGCCACUUCCGAUGGAGGAUUCCCUGACGAGCGCGAGGCAACCGUCCAGCGUGGAACUGAGGGUGGAGGGAUGCAGGACACAGACACAGCCUGCGAGACAAAGUGGCGGAUCAAACGCGAAAGAGAGGAACCCGACGACGUGUGUGCUAUCAGCCAAUACGGUGACAAGAAAAAACGCUCUGGAGAACACAUGUCCCUUGACAGCUCCGUCGCGUCCGCACACGACAUCUGUGCGGCAGACAUUCAUAACGAGAGAAGAGAGGCCGGGCAGCUGGACGGGGGACGGGGCGACGCGCCAUCAAGAGACAGCAGGACGUACCUGAACAACGACCAUGCCUUCGUAAAGCAGGACAAAAGCGAAGGGCGAGCGGAAGCCCCAGCGAAAGCGUGGUUGAGCCGCGCACAAGUGGCGAAGCGCGCCGGUGUUGCCUACAUUCUGGCAAAGCUGAGAGCCUCGAAGGGCGGCAUCCAGCGGCAAAUGUGGUCCCUGCUAGUCGUUCGGUUCUGCGAAGGCGCGGGCUCUGCGUUUUCUUCGGCAUCCUCGUUCUCUCUGCUAGCUCCGCUGUUCGAUGAGCUGGGCGACACGUACCUCCGCACGCUAGACUCGCUCGUCUCUGUCGCGUCAGGACGUGGAUCCGAAGCGGCGUCCUCGCUUUGUGGGCACUUUGUGGCUUCGACGCAGGCGCUGUCCAGCCUUCUCGCGCUCCAUAUUUACCCGUUUCUUCUCGGUAGUUCUUCGACUGGAAGGGAAUGCGAACUCUCGCAGGUGGCGGCUGCGGCACCAUGCGAAGCGCGCGACGAAGACAGGCCAAGCCAUCCAUGGCGAGACGCACGCAGAGCGCGCCUGUGCCGACCACGAGACGGGGGAAUGGCUACGCCGCAGGAGGAAGGAGACAGCGGGCGUAGCCGCUCAAGGCCGUUUCCAGGCUCAGCGACUCGGUUCGAGCACGAAAGACGUAACUUCGGAAGCCAGCGGGAAGAGAAAAGUGGCGCGGCGAUCUCACGUCUGAGCGAAGGUAUCCACUUCGAGCCUGAAGCGGGAGCUGACGAGUACGACGGGUGGUCGUGGCGAAUCGAGGUUGUCAGCAGCCAACUGCUAGUUCCGGCGUCGAUCGUCUCCACUCUCAAAUCCGGGGACACGACGGCGGAGCUCCUCUGGGGGCGAGGCCUGGCGUUGGGUUCAGCGUCAGGCCCGCAGUCCACAGCAUACCCUGGUCGACUUCUGCAGUCCUCCUUGUUGCAUGCGCAGUCGGUGUUGGACUGCCUGAUUCAGCUUCAGCGCCAGCUGUCCAGCGCAGCACCCGUGGAGUCGGCAGAUUCCUCGUCUCUCACCUUCUCUCCGCUUUUUGUUUUUUCGUCGUUUGCGCGUCUCGUCCACUUGCUUCUCCUCCUGCUUCCCCCGGCGGAGACGCGCGAGGCUGUCGAACUUCUGCUGUCGCCCCCGUUUCUGCCAUCGCGCGGCGCGCUUCUCGCCUUCCUGUCUUCGGCCGCUGCGCCUGGGAGACGCACGAAAGCGGUCCCGCCAGGCACUGGAGGCCUGGGAGCUCUGCUGCCUUCCGGAGGCCUUUUUUCAGCCUCGCUGUUUCCGCCCUCACCGUGGCUCUUCGAGCUGCUUUCGGUGGCGUUUCUGCGGCACGCUGACACGAUUCCUACCGCCGUCAUCGACACACUCCUCCGCUACCUGCUUCCGCACGUGAUCACCGCGUCAUCUGCGACGACCUUCGAAGGCGCGAGAGGAGACCGCGGACGGAAGGAGAGCAGAGACGGCGGAGAUUCUGGACGUAGCCGAGCUGCCAACUGGGAAAUCCGGCGGCCUCAGCCGCCGGAGCGUCGCGCAGCCUCAACCCGCCAUCCCUUGAUGACACUUUGGAUGCCUUCUGUCUUCGCUAGACCGCUUUCCUCCUCGUCGUCUCGCGCAUGCACCGCCUGGGGCUGCUUGUUUUCGCUUUCGCUGACUGCUCUAUUUCCGCAGCUUCUUCGGAAUAUGGGUCUUGCAAAACACCUGCCGCACACUCUCCCUGGGGUUUCGGCAGGCGCCCCACCAAGUCACAAUCUGCCGGAGACGACUGCCUGCCUGUCGUUCACUUUCCGCUCGCGUUCACCUUAUCGUGGCAUCGCUGAACCCUCUGGAGACUCGCAGCGUCUGGUGCACGGCCGCGCCAAGCCGUCAUCGCAGAGUCGCUUCUGCGACCUCGUCUUCUUCAGGUCUUCUUGCCCUUCGGUGUCACCCCUUCUUCUGCCCUCGUCUCACAUGCGCUACGAAGGGAGCCUGAGCGACGCUCGCGGCGCUGGCGCUGCGUGUUCCCUCUUGUUUGUAGCGUCGUCGUUGGUGUCGCAGCGUCACCGCACCGGCUCCAUUUCCUGGCAUUUGAGUGGCUCAGGGAGUCAGGGGUCGCAUGCGGCGGAGUGCGAACUUGAGCAAGUGCUGAGUGGAGGCGUUAACGCCGAUGACGUCUGCGUUCCUCUGGCUUCCUCUUGUAACAGUCUCGUCCCCACGCAGGCGUACGCUGCUUGCUUCCAAACUUCCGUCCCCCUCGUCUGUCAACUUCUCUCUGUUUCGGGACUGUGCAGAACCGCAUCCUCGAGUGGCGCAUGGGAUUCGUCUGUCCUCGAGUCCUCCCCUCGUGCGUCCCACUUUCUCGCUUCAGCGCUUGACGCCAGCGGUGGCGUAGCAACGUCUCUGGCGGGCUCGGGGCGGUCGCUGUGGGAGUCAGAGUAUAGGCUGCACGAUGUCUCCUCUCUCCUUCGAUUUUUGCCGCUCCCUCUCUCACCCGCGCCGCCUCUGCUGUCGAUCACUCCUUCGUCCGCUAUUUGCCUGGUCACAGCGUCGCCGUCGUCCCUCGGGCUUCUCCCAUUUGAGCGCGAGAGAGGGAGCGUCCUCUCCCCGCGAGCCGCGACCGGCGCUGUCUCGGAGGCUGGCAGUGCGUACGCAGAUCGAGCGAGAGCGACCGUCUGCUGCGGCGAGGUCUUCGGCGUGCCACUUGCAACGGAGACUGCAUCGUUGAGUUCCGGUUUUUCUGAAAAUUUGAUCCACAUCUUCUAUCAGACCCACACUCAAUGUACGCUUUCGUUUUUGUCUUUGUUUCGUGUCCGGCAAUGUAGGCCGCCUGGCAGCUGUAGACGUUCCGCGCCUUGUGGGUCGCGAGGAGGCCCGUCGCUGACUGCGUCGUCUCUGUCAGGUGCUGCAUCGCGCGGCUCUUUCGACGCCUCGCCGUCCGAGUGCACAUGCUGUGCCUGCUCUUUCAUCGACCCGUGGGCUUGCGUUGGCCUUCGUGCGGGAGUGAAAGUCUCUCUGGCGGUCGCCGCGGCGUCGCAGUUCCUGUGCUCACUCCGGAUCGCUUCGCUCGUUCUGCCAGCAGAGCUGUGGGUUGCGGCUCUGCCCGGGGACCUCCGCACUGCAUUCCCGGCCCUGCGGUUGCCUCGGCCGGCUCCUGCGCCUGCCAACGCUCUCCAUACGAGAUCCCGGCGGUCGGGUCGAACGCCGAAAAACUUUGAAGACAGCGACAGCUGUGUGGUCCCACAGUCGCGUUCGCGUGGCAGUAGCCUGCCACCGUGGUCUUCACCCGGCGAGGAGGCAAACGUCGACGCGACAGAAAGCGAGCACGAAGGCUGGCUGCCUCCCGGCGACAGCGCCAAGCUUGGAGGGGUCUGCAGAAGGCGAGGCGACCUUGCGAAAGCAGAGCCCGGACUGGGGGCGCGACCGUCGCGGGGCUGCAACUGGCGGCCACUGGCGCCGUGCUCUGCCGGCUGUGCGACAUGGCUCGCUGUCGAUGCCUGCCUCUGCCUUCUCACGCAGUCGUGCGAUGCGCGGCGGCGCUCCACGUCUCGCGCUCGCUCGCCCAGGCCUCGUCCGACGGCCGCUUCUCUGGGUAUCGGGGUGGCUGCCUCCUCAACACUUUGCUCACGCGCGGAGCCAGGCGUCCGGUGUGCGUCAGUUUCGCAACGCCAGCGGAGGGCCCUGAGUAGUGGUGGAGGCGUGUCGACGCACGCACGGCCCCUCCGACAGCCGCAAGAUCUCUACAGCGACGAUCCAGGAUGGGAUCCCGAGGGCGCACCUCGCCACGCGCGCAGACAGGCAAGCGCGCACGUCGACUCCUUUAACGGAUUGGGAGAGUUUUCGAAUGGCCUGAAUGACGGGGUGGAGUGCCGAGACUCCUUCGCAUCGCCUCAAGAGAUUGCCCGAACUAAUGAGACCUUGGAGCGCGUGGAGGCGGCUUGUCGAGGGCGCGGAAGGUCGGAGCUGUGUCAGCCACUUGAGCGAAGCGCGGGCGAAGGGCUUGCGGGGGAGGGAGACUCGAACGAGGAGGACGAUGGCGCAGCAGAGGCCGGGAGCUUCGACCGAGACAGGCGCGGAGACUCACGCAGAGAACGGGGGCCGGGGGCCGCGUGUGCAUCUCAGGUGGAGGUCUUGUGGAAGACGUGGACGGAGGUCUUCUCGCUCUUGCAACUACACGGCCUUCCAUGCCCCACAGCGUGCUUCGGCUGCGACCUCGGCACGCUUUCUUCUGCCUUUAAAGUGUUUCGGAAUUCCGAUAGAGGCAUUCGCCAGCAGCGGCAGAGCCAUAGAAUGCAUCGAAAUGGCAGAUCUGUCGAAGGGAUCGUUGCGAGGGGCGCAGACCCCUCGGAUGCACAGCGGGGACGAACGAGUCGUGGACACCCUCGUGGAGCGGUAGGCCGUCGCAAGGACGGUGAAGCAGAGGCAGACGCAAACUCAUGCUCGUUGUCCCCGUUUUUCCUCCAUGUGCAACGGCCUGUCUGCGCGGCCGGCGUGACUUCAAACAAGUCAGAUGACGCUCAGGGAGCGACUGAAGUGGCAGACGUCAAGGCGUCUGAACAAACUCCAAGCCAGCGGGAGGCGGCCGUCGCGACUUCGAAGGCUGGAGCCUUCGGACAAUGUGCGGAGAUACCGGCUGCUGAUGGUGCGGCAUACUGGCGCCUCUAUACCUUGUCGACCAGCCCGCGCUUGCUCUGCCUGCACCUUCACCUCCUUCACACGCUGGUGGUCACCUCGCGCUGUGUAAAGGGUGGCGGACGCUUCAGCACCCUGACGCAGCACGCCUUCUUUCUAGGCAGCGCUCAAGGUUUGCUGCAGAGCCCCCGGACGGUUAGUGGACGUGACGGGGCGACGCGACCCGAGGAGACCGACCCAGAGAAUUGGGAUCAGCGUGCAACGACGGGGAACGGUUUCGAAGGAGUUUCUCGGGGUCGCGACGCAGACGCUCGGCCGUUUGUCUCGACUGGAGGAGGUAGGCAGAAGGCUGGAGAAUCGCGUUUGUGGGGUUAUGAGGUCCCCGGGGAGGGCGAAGGCGGAGGUCGGUUUGCCGGCGGGGGAGGCUACUCACUCUUCCCGUCUUGCUCUAGCAUUUUGCGUCUUCUUCUGUCCUCCCUCUCUGCCUUCACCGUCGCCGGUCCAUCUGCAAGAGGCGCGUUUUGCCCCUGCAGCGCGCUUCAGACAUGCGAGCGCUGUGACGAGCCCCGCGGCGAGCAGCUGAGCUGUGCAGCGCUCUCUCAGCCGGAGCGUGGCGCCUUGGCGUUCAUCUCCCUUAGACAUCGACGUUUGUGGGCCGUGUGCGUGGAGUUCUUGGAUGCCUUCGCCAAUGAGGCACCUGCUCACGAUAAACACUUCGUAGCUAGCGCCAGAGACCCGCCUUCGCGGCGCUCAUCGACGGAUUCCAUUGCAGACGACGCGUCGCCGAGCCUCAGCACCCUCUGUGAUCGCCCGCCUGCAGCGCGCCAUUUCUGCGCAAAGCCACAAGCCGCAGCUAUGACCCAUGAGAGCGAGCGGGGCUUCGAGUCGGCGCAUGCGCGUUAUCCUUCAUCGGGCAGCCCGUGGCGCCCGCUGGAGGUGGUUUGGGCGCAGGGAGGGGGGGCCGCGGUGUUCUACGAUUUGUUUGAGAAUCUUGCGCUACACAGUGAAGCCCUGUGCUCUGGCGAAGUUUCAGAAUGUGGGGCGGAGGACGACCUCCAGGUCGAACAUCGCUGCCAAAAACUGCUGCUUGUGCUGGAGGGCGUUGCGAGUCUGAUUCGAGCUGAAACGCCGUUGGUUCUAUUGCAGCCAGUGUUUUUGUCAUGGCUUGUGUCGUGCCUGGCGCGGGUGGUCGCCGUUGGGUCCCCGUCUGCGGCGGCGAGCGUUGCCAGCAUUCUCCUCUCUGUUUGCCAAGGUCUUCGGCGCAUUGUUGAGGCUCUCCAGGACACCGAAACGCUAGAAUCUACGGAUGUCUCCUCAGAGUCGUCACCUUCUUCGACUUCGUGGCGGGAUUCGUGUUCGCUACAAGCGACGCACACGCUGAACGGUGCUUUGUGCAGCGCAUUCUUUAUCCCGAUCGAUAGUGACGAUGACGCGAUCGCGCACCGAUUCGCGCCGCAUCUCUGCCGCGUUGGGCGCUCCUCGCCAGUCGCGAUGUUCUUGGAGAAAGUGCGGGAAGCCAAGAGCGUGCUGACCGGCGUUGUAGAAAUCCUUUCUGACCGCCUCCCCGUUUUUGUGGAGGACGACCAAAGGCGAGAUCCCGACGGUCUGAGUUACUUAGGGCAGUUGGUGGCGGAGCUCCUGGCGCUGGGCCGCCGUGAGCAGGCCGCAGUGGGGAAAGACGUCGUGGAUGUGCUCGCGGCUCUCGUCGUCGACCGCAAUGCCCCUCUGCUUCUCUGGAGGGAUUCCGAAGACGACGAGCUGCAGCCGACUGAGUCCUCGGGCGCGACAGCUGACCAACAAGCACGAAUGGCGCAUGCAGAGGGAGGCGACAAAGCCGAGGAAGGAGCCGCGAGGACGUACAAGUCGAAAGUGUGGAUGCUGUCAACAGAAGUUCAACGCGCGAGCGAAAUGCAGGCAGGGACACAAGCUCUCCACGACGACGACCAGAAGCUGCUGCGUGAGAACCAGGAGUCUGCAGACGACUCCAUGCUCGCUGAGCUGGCGCUUCGUCUAGCACCCUCGACGGUCGGUGUGUUGCUGGAGGCCUUUGAGGCGAGUGAAGUAUCGUCUGACUUGUUCAAACCCGUAUAUCGGCUCCUCGUGUCCCACGUCCGCCGUUGGGGGGCAUACACGCGGCGUCAUCUGCUUCCGGAACUUGGCCGUGCCUCGGACUCCUCGUGGCGAGCGUGCGCUGCCGCUGACCACGCGCCACGCGCGUCGCCGCCUCUUCUGUCCUCGGCGCUGGCGCAGUCAGCGUCCUCCUGUCCUUUCCUCGCUUCGUCAGGGGACGGCGGGGGGCCACCGCAAAGCCUGCGUUCGAUUCCGUUCCUCGCACGUCACCUCCGGCUGCAGCACCAGUUGGUCGCGCAAAGUCACACCUGCAAGGAGUGGCGCGUCGGCUAUUUGCCGACCCGUGACCUCGUUGCACUGCUCGCACUCUCUGCUGCAUGCGUUGCCGUUCCUUCGCUGACGGCGGACGUUCUCUGGGUGCUGCUCCAAGGCGUGGCCCCACGCCGCGACAGCCUGCUCCACGGUUCGUUCUGCGGGUUUCCGUCUCGCGGCUCUCGAGCCAGCCUUGAGGCACGCCAUCGGUCCUCCGCGCCACCGGUUUCAGCGUCGCCCGCUGGCGGGUCGUCUCAGUGUGGCGACGACCUACAGGGGCAUGAGCAGGGGGACACCGUGCCCUGCCCGACAGAGGGCGAGCGAUACGACGGCGAAGCGGCAGGCGAACGGAAGGAGCCCGGAAGAUACAUUGUCGCUCGCCCGCACCACGACGCUCGCGAACUCAGAAGCUCUAGUCUUCAGGCCGUUGAGGAAUCGCUGCUGCGUCUUUCGUCACCGUUAACGCAUGCGAUUCUCUACGCCCUGUCGGUCAUCGCGCAUCGGCAGAAGCGUUCGUCCUCUCGCGAGAUGUGUCUCGACUACGUACCCUACUUCCUAAUUCAGUGGGUCUCUCUGGCGGUGAAGCAAGACGCAGAAAGACGAGCGGCUGCACACGACAUGGAGCCUUACCCGGCGGCGAGCAGGCUCGCGCCGGCCUCCGGAGCCGGAACGGGCAAGCGAGGCCCACGAGCAGGCGUGGAGUCGGAGCCCUUCUUCGACGCGGAGGAUGAUGGCGAAUGGCUGCCACUCACGUCUCGAGGAGACACGGGCGAGGCAGACGAAUGCAUCGAUAUUGGAAAUGGGAGGUGGCGAACCGCCUUCUGGCCCUGGAGCUCGCUCGCCUCACUCACGUCGUCGUCGUGCUCCACCGGAGCUUCUCCGAGGGAGGCCAGCGAGGGCCGAGACGCAUACGCAUCCCGCGUUGCACUGCUUGAAUCCGGAGUAGGAGGUACCUGCAUGCGUUUAGGCAUGGCGCAUAUGAAAGUCGAGGCGACAGACAAAGGCCACACAGGUUCCACGUUGGCGGGCAGAACGCUGUCGACCUCUGCGCGGCGUUUCCUGCGCUCACACGCGGAGCUGCUUCUCGGAGCGUGCUUCGUGUGCGGCAUGGACCCCGGGGAGGCCGCUGAUUUUGUUCAAAGCGUCGCGGGCUUCUCCUCGGACGAGCGCCGCCGCUUCUUGCGAGCACGCGGUUCGCUCCUUCGCGCCGGAUCUCUGCUGGUUCGGGGCCUAAGGGCCUCGUCGCUUUCAGCUCAAAUCUCCUCGUCGUCCGUGUCAGCGGCUUCUCCAACGUCUUCUAGGUCGCCAGACAUUGCCACUCUGCACCGCUGCGCAUCCGACGGCUAUCUCUUGCCUUCCGUAGCCAGGAUCAUUCUUACCUUUGCUGAUAUCGCUGCGUCUUCGCCACUUUCGUUUUUCACUGUCUGCGAGUCCCUGGCUGAGGCCAGUGCUGGACAGUUCGCCCGCUACACCUCGCGCAGCGGUGGCGCCGUCGUGAGUGCAGGCAGUCGCUCCGGCGCCUCAAGAAACUCCUUUCCCGCGCUCAGCGUCUUACAGGGCACUCAAGGCAGGACUACUGACUCACGCAACGAAACAAUCGAUGCCGAAUGCGCAUCUGGCGCUCGUGCUUCCGACGUUCCCGCUGAAGCCUUCGAGCGGCAUUUCGUCGUGCUCAUGCUGUCUCUUGAGCACCUCCUGCGUCCCCACACGGUCGGUUCAGAGGCGCGCCUGGGGAGGUCUGCUGCCGCAGAUUCCUCGGUCCCUCGGGCAUCGUGUCGUUCUCCUUCAUCUCCUUUUUGGGCGGUUUCAGCCACUGGCUCGCUGGUUGGUUCCCUGUUUUCUUCUUCUUUCUCGAGCACCCAAGCUCCCGCAACGUCGGAGGGAAACGGAGUUACAGAAGCCGCCGGGCGCACAAGCAGAUUGGCUUCAUUCAUGUCACUGGAACGGCUUCAGACACGUUUUCGCCUUGUGCUGGAGGUGUCCGCAGCUGUUCUGCCGUGUGCAGUCUCAUCGGCGUCUCGCUUGCAUGCGUUCCUCUGCCUCAUGUUUCGCCUGUUGUCGCCUCUGCUCUGCUCAAGCGCUGCUCCAAGUUGGAAGCGUAACAUCGCCUCUUCUAGCCCCUCAGCCUCUUCUGAUUCCUUCGUGUCCGUAACUGCCGCGUCGCCAUCGUCGUGUGCAGCCGUUACCGCAUCGGCACGCGACGUCCGCUCUACUCCUCCAGCUUAUCUCCUCACUCGCGCAGUUCUAGAUUCGCGAGACGCGAGAGGAGGAGGCGAGCUCGCGUGGCGCCGUCCGCGGUGGGCGCUUCAAGCGGAGGAAGACGAGAAUCGGAAAUUUGUUCAACUGCUGCUCACAACGACCCUGACUGUCAUCGCGGCCGCUCCAUCAGAGACGCUUCGAAAGGCGCUCUGCCUUACCGCCGGCCGCUUGGCAACUGCAACCCCUUGUUCAGCAACCGGCGCUUCCCGAGCCCUUCGAGGAACAUUGUCAUCGCCUCUCCUCGACAUCCUCGCGGACGCACUCGUGGAGAAAUACGCAGAUCCCGCAGCGCUUCUCGCGUCGCUGAGUUCGGCUCAGACGCGUUUGCCUCCAGGCGGCUCGGUGUCGAUUGCUGCUGCAUCUCCCUCGUCUGCGUCGGCGCCCCCCUGUGGCAUUAAACUCGCGGAGACUCGAAGGGAUGGCAUCAUGAGUCCGAGGUCUGACCAACAGAAUAAAGUGGCGCAUCUCAACCCUUCUGGCGAUGGACCGCGUGGUGCCAGCGCUCGCAGGCAGCAAUGCGAGGCCGGAGAGGAACAGGCGGCGAGUUCGCUGCUUUCUUCGUGCCCCGUGUUCAUCCUUCUUUCGGCUCUCCUUGUUCGUGUGAGUGGCGGGCGUGGCGCGUUCUGCGACGCCAGUGUCUCCGCCGAUAUUGUGCGGCGCGCGUUUACGCCGUCCGCCUCUUCCCUACGUGAGAGUGAAGCCCGCCAUCAGUCCGCCGCGGCCGCAGGGAAUGGCGAGAGGAAGUUGAACACCGGAGGGCUGGGUAGAGCGGAGACGACGGCUGCGCUCGUGGUAGAGCAGCUUGGGUUGCCAAUCGCGUCCCUCUUUUCACUUCGUGUGCUCCUUCGCAAAGGCGCCCGACGCGCGCUCGACCUCCUGGCGAGCGUGGUGGCCUCCGCGUUGACGGGUGGCUGCAAGGGAGCGCAGACGUUGUCGGCGGCUCCCAGGACUGCGUCGCCGAUAGCUGCCCGGCUGACGAGGAUCGCGUGCCUUCUGCCGUUCGCUUCCCUCGCUGACUGGCUCGACACGUGCACAGUUGAAGGCCUGUUUCUUCCUCUUCUGGGCUGUGCCUCCUCUCCGUUCCCAGCUUCGCAUUUGGGCGCGCAGGGAAAACGCGCUGGAGUCUCGGACGAAAGCCGAGCAGCACCAAAGACUUCCAACGCGCCCACGCGCUGCCAACGCCGAACUUCAGAUGGCCCUGUAAGCUUCCCAAGAGAGACCGGCGGCGAACUGGGUCGCCCCGUUGGCGACGCAGAGACGGAGGCAGGCGCGGGAGCCUGCAUCUCACGCGAACAGACAGAAGAGUUGGUAGAGCGGUACCUCGCUCUGCAGGCCCCGCACCCGGACUUGGACUUUGGAUGGGCCUGUGAACCGAAAGAUGCCGAAGAGUGCGGAGACGAGGAGAAAUUAGAGCAGAAGCCGAGACGUUCGGAGUCUCUGUUGGUGGCCGCGGUUGAGAGGAAUAUCGAAGCAGCCGGCGCCAAGGCCUCCGCAGAUGAAUUCCUGCACGCGCGGGCUUUCCCGCCUUUCCUGGCUGACGCACGCGAGGACGCGCGAGCGUGUUCAUCCCUCGCUGCAGCGGCAGACGAACUGGUUUCUGUUUUCCUCCUCUCCGAGGCGACGACGGCGAAGCGUCUGCUACUGGGGCUGGCCUCCCUCCACCUGGGCCGCACGCGCAUGCCGACGCAAAAAAAUACGCAGGCGAUCGGAGCUCUCCCAGAGCCAAACGCUCCCGCAGACGCGCCGUCUCAGGGGCAUCCUUGUGCCAGCCAGUAUUCAGCGCCCAUGGGGGACGCCCCCUCUGGCGCCGCCCGGCCUACCCGUCCCGCCUUUGCAGGCCCAAACCCACCGUUCCAGCGGCUGUGCAAAAACGAGCACGAAGAAGGCGAUGCCGAACGAGCCAAGCAUUUGAGCCCGAAUUCUGUAAAGGCCCACCUUCUUCUCUACGUCUGUGGAGAGCGCCGACUCAAUCACGCGUGGCGGCGCCUCGCGUCGCUGUUGCUGCUCAAUCUUCCGCCGACAAACCUGACCAAUCUACGGGAUACGCUGCCGGCUCAGGACAGCCGCUACGAGCGAUGCUUGACAGGCGCCGCGGCGUCGCACAGGCUGCUGGUCCUCCUGCUCUCGGUUUUCGAUCCGUUCGCGGAGGGCCAACGAGCGAGGAAGGAGACUCGCAGUCAAACGCGGCGAGUGUUCGAGGGCACUCAGCCGGAACCCAGGGAGGGGAAAGAAAGACAGCAUGUUCAGCCAGUGCUGAUGCUCACCGUUCUCGGUCUUGUCGGCGCUUGCGCGACUCUCUGCGACCCCGAGGCGGUGCACGCAUUGCGCCUUAUGGCUCUGAUUGCGCUCCAGAACCUUAGCGGCUCUGCGGCACAGCGUCGCGAGCGUUUGUCGUCUAGGGUCCAGAGCUUGCGCCCGCCUGGAGGUGCGCCGCCGCUGGAGCGGCACGGAGGCGGCCGGCGGGCAGGAGUGAGCUCCGACGGCUACGAGGCAAGCGAUGGAGAAGGCACUGACCGGGAGGAGGCAGAGGAGGCGGAGGAGGCGGAAGGCGACGGAGAGGUCGAGGACGUCGACCGGUUGCGCACCCUGCUGGCUGGCGCCUCGCCGUUUAUGGCCCUCCUCUCAGGCACGGCGGGAGACAUCUACAGAGAGCGCGACUCCUGCUCGCUCUUGAAUCUUGCCUGUGCGCGGAUUGCGGUUAGUAUCGGCGCCAUCCCGCCGCAGUGGAGUUCAUCUCCGGCGUCGCAGCCACCGCCCGUCUCGCCCUCGCGCUUCUUCCGCCAAACGGCAGGCACGUGGAGACCGGCUGCGCCGUCUGGCGUGGCGUGGACUCCCCCGGGCCCCGCGGCCGCUGGCUGUUCGUCGUCAGGGUGUGCACAGACAGGCGAGUCCGGGCAUGUUCCUUGGGCCAUGCGCGUUGCUGCCGCUCUCCUCCUGUUUCUCGACAAAGUCGCGAAGGGCGAAAUCGAAGGCACAGACCUCGAGGAAACAUGUGACGACGAAACGGAAGGAGCGGAGGCGACGAAGUCAUCGUUGUCAGCUGGGGUCGAAAGGCCGGAGGAAGCAAGCGAACGCAGCGUUCACUAUCCCCCGUCGCCGCCGCCCAACUUCGUCCAGGUUCCGCCCGCGGAGUCCCGCCGCACUCUUUUCGGCUGUUGGGCGCCUUUUGCUUUUGUUUGCCCUACAUUCGCUGAGCAUGCACUUCCCCUGCUGUUUCUGUGCAUGCUCCAGACCACAUCUGACGCGUGCCGUCACCUCGCAGCCGCACUAAAUCGCUGUAUCUUUCAACCUCUGUCGAGCCGUGUCCCCCUCCUGUCCCAGUCGUUUUCGGCGUCCGAUAUGGAGCUGUCGAAGCACUUAUUUGGCCCCUCUGUUGUUGGUUCUUCUGCGCCUUCAAAUUCCAAAGACACCGUGGACAACAGGGGGGUGUCUUCAUGUUGGUCUUGUGAUGUGCCGUCUUCCACAGUGUCGCCUAGCGGCGAGGCUUUUGCCGCAGCGGCGCUCUGCGUGAAGGCCCUGCAGUUUGUUCGCGUCUACGUUUCACGCUUGGCUGGCGGUGCCGCCCCCGGUGUUCUGCGUUCGCGACUCAAAAGGCGAGGCGACGCCCGAGGCGCGAAAUCGCGGAAAACACCGGAAGGAGAUAGCGGCGAACGCAAGACUCUGGUCGAGCCUGUGGGGCUGGCGCCAUGUCGAGCGACAGCACGAGGAACUGGGGAGCGACCUGUGUCGACAAAGGAGCAUGCAAAGGAGGCCGGCGCCCAUGGCAAAGCUACGGGGGUUGAUGAGCGGCAAGUCGAGGCAACUCGAGGGACAACUGGAGACGCCGGCUGCACCGUGAGUGAUGCUGCUGCGGCAUCAAGGCAAGCAGUGCCUCCGGUGGUUGACCUUUCGAAACUGACUUCGGGUGGAUGUUUGCAGCGGCGCCGGGCGUCGAGAGGGAGAGCUGAAGACGCUGGAAGAAAAGAAGAGAGGAUCGCAGAGGGGCCCGUCGAGCAACGAGGUAGCGGAAAGCCAUCGGCACCGUCAACAGCGAAGGGACGGAAUCCGCGAGACUUCUUUAGGCGAACUGGAGAUCCGACGGAAUCUGAUGCGGCUGACCCGGCCUCGCACGCGCCCCCGCAAGAGGCGGAAGCCUGCCGCACAGUUUUGGACGGCGGGCGCAGCCCGCCUGACGCUUCGCAAGCUCAUGCACACGCUCCGACGUCAUCUGCGGCUUCGUUGUCUCGCUCCUCGGCGGGCUGCAGGCUGCUUCGAGAGGGACUAGGCGGUGACAUGCUGGAAAACUUCUUGCAUCUGUGGGCUGCCCUCGACCUGCAAGCGAUUGCCUUCGUGGCACUUCGCCUCGGCUGCCCGACCGACGCACUCUUCUUUGCGGAGCAAGAAAUUGAGCGAGUGUGCCCAGACGCUGGCCUCGAAGAGGGUCUCUCGAGAAUCUCGCAGCAGUUUCAGCGAUGCCAGUGGGACCGCAUGCCUCAGAUUCACGCCGCGCAGGCACUCAGGGAGAUGCUGCUUUCGUCGUCGAGCGAGCGGCGAAACAGAGAGGCUGUGGACGGUGGACAGGGGAGUCGCGCAGACGUCCCAGCUUCCGACACGGCCCCCGACGGGGACAAAGGCGGUCACGGAGCGGAGCGAGGGAACGCCGUCGGAGGAAGCCGCGUGCCAGCAAGACUGCGGGGGGGGGCUGAAAUCGCCGACACUAGGAAUGAGCAACCCAAGACUCGAACCCUGGGGGACCGAGCGCUUACUGUCAAUCCUCCUGGCACUGCCGAGAUCACAGAGGAACGCAUGCGGCGCUUUCACCUCUCUUUGCAGCGUCUGCGGGAGCUCUCUGUUCGCCCAGCGAAUGCUUCUGCGCUCCUGACGCCCGUGAGCCCGCCUCCGCUCUUCCUUCUCGUUUCUCAGGCUCUGAUUGACGCAGACGAGGAGGACCUCUCUGCUGUCACAGACUGUCUCUCAGCGUGGCACACGUCGAACUUUUUGAUUCAGCGCAUGCAGGCGGAACACGACUGGCUCGCGACACUAACGCUGCAGCAGGAGCAGUUGCAGCACCUCGAGGCGAGCCGAGUCCGACUCCUGGCGCAGCAGAAAAGGUCUUUGUCUGCCGUCGAGCGUUUCAGUACCGGGACUACAUCGGGACCACGAUCGAGGCAUAUCACUGGGGUCCGCGAUUUUGACACGGCCAGCUACGCCGCGUGCAGAUCGGCCUUUAUCACGGAAGGCGACACGUGCCUUCAAGCUCGUCUCCAGGACAUUGAGCAACUGCUCUACUCCGUAAAAAGUCAGAUGGCUAGCACGCUUGGGCGCAUCGGGUUGCAUUCGCUUCGAGCAAGCGUGCUGGAGUCUCUCCAACAGCCGCUGCAUGUCUCAUCACUCGCCUAUUCAGCGCCUUCUGAGUAUUCGUCUUUCCCGGACUAUGCGGCUUCUAGAAGUUCUUUCCACACGCCGGGGGAGUGUCGCGUGGCGUGGAAACUAGCUGCCGGCGCAGGGCGAACCAGGCUCGAUUCGCCGCUGAGCCCGGAGCCCGCGCGCGGCAGCUCAGCCGGUGGCGGUUGGGAUGGCCUCGACCCAAGUUCGGCAUCGUGGCUUGAGAGGAAGUUCGAGUGUCUGUGGCGUCUGCAUCGGUGGGAUGCCGAUGCCGCAACACCGGACGACUCCUGCCGUUUGCCAGACGCAUGCAUAAACGCGCCGAAUCUCGAAGGCGUAUGGGCCUCGUCGCUGUUCGCAGAGCCCCAAGGCAUGGCAUUGACUAGCGCCCACUCGAAGUCGUGCAUGGGCCAGCAAAGCGCCCAUCUUGGACUUUUCAACGGCUGCAUAUAUUCGACGCUUUCGCUCGUGCAUGCAGCGGCCGCCUGUCAGCCGUCCGCGUUGAUUCCUGGCUGGCCUUCACACGCUCUCGCAUCUUCCUCUCGGCCGCCUAUUCCGGCCGUUCUCGAUGCGCCUGCUGCUGCAAGUCUCCGCGACGUCCCUUGUCUCUCUCCCCGUGGCGGGGGACGUCAACGUGCUGAUGAGAGCAGGGGACGAAGCGACAGAACAACAGUAUGGUGCGCGGGAGGACUUGUUGAAGAUCCCGAGGUGCAACCAAAUUUGGGCUUGCAGAACAUGAUGACGCGUUUGCGAGCUGUGCAGAUCUCUCGCCACGCCCUUACCCUUGCUCUCCAGCGGCUAGAAGGCGCGCUGAAUUCUGCUGACGCGCGACUGUCGCUGCGGGAAACGCCAACCGAGACUCGAGGCCAAAGUCUCUCGCGGCGGCUCGUUGGGGCGUACAUCGAGCUUGCUAUGGCGCAGGCGUUGCAGCAAGCUGCGGACCUCAGCCUGCGGCAGGCGCUUACAGACCCUCUGCAACAAAGCUGUUCGGACGAGUCGGCUUUUGAAGAGCUGCAAGCGGGUUGGGAGAGCCAGCUCGCCGUCUCCGCGGGGACGUUGUUUGCCUCUUCGUCCUCAGCCUGCUAUUCUUCGCGUUAUUCGCUGCCGUUCUUCCUGGAGCCAUUGGUAUCUCUUCAAACCUCUAUUCUUGAGGCGGCGAUACCGUCAGUGCAUUCUCCCCAAUGUCGGCCUUCCGCGGUGCCCUUCGCUCUCGACUGCCAAGGCCACUCUUUCCAUAGGCAAUUAACUGCGGACGGAAACAUAGAGGACUGGAACGUGCGGGAGCUCGUCCAUUCAGGGCGACACCACAGCCAGCAUGGGACUGACGCGGAGCUCAUGUGCGGCUGUCACGUGCGGAGGUCGGCGGCUAGACACCUGCUUCUUCUCGGCGAAAUGAAGAGAGAACGAGGAGACUGGCGGGGAAGUCUUGAGCAUCUCCUGCAAGCGAAAACGCAUCUGCUGCAGCUGCAAACAGACCUUGCGCUCCCAGUAUGGAAGAAACUUCCGGCCCUGCUGGAUGACUGGCGCGAGGCCAGUCUCUUCGAGCUGCCCUCUGUCGUGUCAUCCCCGAUGGCCUCACCUCCGCUUCCUGCUCCUCCUUCUUCCUCGCCCCUCGUGCCGCCGUCAACUGCUGUGCCGCCUUCGCUGUCGUCCCUUAUGUCCCCAUCUCUCGCCUGUCCUGGACUAUGCGAUCAGGAUCUUGCCUGCUUCGCGCCUUCCUUUGUUUGCAUCGACCUUUUUCUGGUCCAGUGGCAGCUCGCGAAGACGCUGUAUCUCUCAGGCGAUUGCUCAGGCAGCUUGAGCAUCGCUUCGCGGCUGUGCCAGCCCAAGAACUGGCCACUGCUGCCUUUCCAGAGGUCGACGACUUCCUGCGUCCCGUCCUCUUUUUCGUCUUCGCCUGUCGCUGCUGCGGCGGCGCUCGUGGCUCCUUUGCAGUGUGGCGGGCGCUGCCCAGACGCAUCUCCAGCAAGCUUCCGAGCGGCGCAUCAAACGGCCAGUUUUUUGAACGGCAGCCGCAUCUUGGCAUUCGGGGCAUAUAGACAAAUCAAACGAGAACGCAAAGCAGAGGUGGAGCUUCAAAAAUUCCGCAGAGCUAUUAUCGACGCACUGUGUUCGUGCGGCGACUGGCAGUUCCGUGGACGGUGGGCGACUGAAGCAACGGUCCGACGGCAGUACUUCAAUAUCGCGCUCCGCCUUGGGCCGCUCGCCGGCAGCCUGGAGCCCAGCCAGCGCCUCGCAACUCUCAUCGACGACCAGCUGCAGUCCUACAGUGACUACAGACACUCGGUGCCGUCCCUGGUGAAGGCCGACCUGCGGCGUCAAGAAAGAGCGGAGAUCGAGGGUCUGCUUCAGCAACUGUCUGCCGUGUUCGGGGGGCGCGAAGAAGGCGAUAAGCCCCGACGCAUGCAGGCCCAGCAGAAACUCCUUCAACAGCACGUCUGUAUGCUUCAGCAGAAGCAACGCGCGAUGGAGCGAGAACGCGAACGCGAGCACCGCGAGCGGACGCAGUGGGCUCUUGAGGCCGUGCGGCUCUACGCCGCGUGCCUCAGAGAUCCUUUCCUUCCUCACGCAGCUAAGACGACGAGCCGCCUGCUGAGUCUUUGGUUCGAGUGGGGCGAGGCCGUGCCAGAGAUGAAUGCCGCUCUCGACACUAUCCUCAUCUCGCCUUUCGCAAGUUCUUCGGACUCGGGAAGUCAAUCACGCAAGGUGAUGUCGGCUGUUGCGGCCAACGAGCAACCUGCAAAACCCGACGAUGAACCUCCUUCCGCCGGCCCUCCCGACCUGCGGCAUCUUCUCCCCUUCGUCUACCAAAUUGCCUCGCGACUGGGCAGCCCGGCCGACAGCCCGUUCCAACGUACCCUACGUGCGUUGCUGCUAGCCAUGGCAAAGCAGUAUCCUUUCCAGUGCCUCUACCAGCUCGUGGCUAUUCGCAAUGGGCGACGCAUUCCACCAGGACACAGAGGGUCCGACCGCUUUACCGUUCAACAAGACAAAAUCAACGCUGCGCAGGAUGUCCUCAAUCGCCUGGCGGAUACCUCCAGGCCUCUGAAGCUCGUGGUCACGGCGGUGGAGGCGCUAGUCGACUUCUAUAACGACCUUUGUCUCCUCGACUUCGAUGAUGAUCUCCGCGAAGCCCAGAAGCAACAGCGGAACCUUCGGCUGCUGCAGCGCGGGACGGCUGCUUCUCUCUCUCGGCCUCUGACUCCGCAGGAGCAGAUGCUGCGCCUGCCGUCUUUUAAAAGACUAGAGGAGUUCGCGUCGAUGCUUCCAGUCCCAACUGUGGAACAUCCGCGUGACGCACUCGUACCGUUCCAGCCCCCCAGCGCUCUCUUGCGUCUGCAAGGCUCCGCAGACUUUCUGCGCGGCCUUUCUACCUACAUUUACUCUCUGCACCCCUGCUGCCUCUCCGCGGGCCCCGGGGACCCGCUGCGCAUGCAAGUGAAAAGUAUCGGCAGCGGAAUCACAAAGCCCAAGCUCCUGUGUGUCUGGGACCGGCGCGGGAGGAAGCACAAGCAGUGCUGCAAAGGCCGAGAAGACGUCCGCCAAGACCGCGUUGCCCAGCAACUCUUCGGCAUGAUCAACCAGGUGUUCUUGGAGGCGCCAUCUACUGUUGAAAACAACUUCUAUUUGCGGACGUACGCCGUCGUCCCUUUCUCACCAGCAGUUGGCAUCCUCGAAUGGGUUAACGACACGGUUACGCUAGCCCAGUACCUUAUUGGUGGACCGGAAAACAGUUACCACGGCGCCCACGCGCGGUACCGCCCUCAAGACUGGCCGUUUACAGCUUGCCGCCACAGACUGAGGCAAGCACGAGAAAAAGCCUUGGCUCACGCGCGACAGCUUGCGAGUCGAGGGACUGGUGGUGAAGUCGAGGGGGAGAACGCCGACAAGAAGCCGACUCCUCCAGCGCCAGACGGAGGCGAGGGGAAUCUGGUCGAGUCACUCGUACGAACCUACGAUGAGAUUUGUGGCCGCUUCAAGCCCGUGCUCCAUUUCUUCUUUCUCGAGCAUUUCCCGUCGGCCGACGUAUGGUACGAGAAGCAACAGCAUUAUCGGCGAACGCUGGCCGUGUCCAGUAUGGUGUCGUAUAUCUUGGGCCUCGGCGACCGCCACACCAACAACAUCCUGCUUGACGUCGCUUCCGGCGAUAUUGUGCACAUUGACUUUGGCAUCAUGUUUGAGCAGGGGAAGCUGCUUGCGAUCCCAGAACUCGUCCCCUUUCGACUCACGAGAGACCUUGUCGACGGCUUGGGCUGCCUCGGGGUCGCCGGGUGCUUCAAGCGCGACUGCGAAACAACUAUGGAAGUGCUACGCCGCGUCUCGCCGCUGGUCGUGUCUAUCGUUGAAGUUCUUCUGUUCGAUCCUCUGUAUCGGUGGUGCCUGGACGCGCGUCGACUUCUCCAGGACAACGAGAAGUCCCUCCCGUUGGCCUCAUCGUCUCGUCCUGACGUUUCGGCGAAACGCGGGCGGGGCAAAGGCGCCGUGGCCGCGAGUGGAAGGGGAAAACGACCAGCUUUUAUAGCAGCGUUUUCUACCAGUGGACCGAAUGCGAAAAAACGCAGUCGGGAGGAGGCCGUUCUCCUUUCAAGUCACGGCGCCUCUGUCGCACGUUGCGGAAAUGAAGCGGAGAGACAGGACAGAGAAGAUGCAGACGGCCGAGAGGAAGAGUCGAAACUGAAGCCGGAGGAGAGAGACACGCCUAUCGUCGAGGAUAUACUCACGAAAGCCGAAGGCAAUCUAAAUGCGAAACGGGCUGUCUUGACUGUUCGUCGUAAACUGGACGGCUACGAGGAAGGCGAAAUUGCGCAGCUCUCAGUCACCGCUCACGUGGCACGUCUCCUCAAUGCCGCACAAGACAGGACAGCGCUCGCGCAAAUGUUCGUUGGAUGGGCUCCGUGGGUGUGA